AUGUCUGCAUCGAAGUACCUGAAUCAGGACUACGAGGUCCUCCGGCGUCAGUGUCUGAAGGAAGGGAAGCUAUUCUGCGAUCCUUGUUUCCCAGCUGCGUCUGAGUCUCUGGGCUAUAACGAACUUGGACCCAAUUCAGCCAAGGCCAAGGGGGUGGAAUGGAAAAGACCUGGGGAGUUAUGUCCCGAACCUCAGAAACCCCAGUUCAUCGCCGAAGGAGCCACACGUACCGAUGUCUGCCAAGGACAUCUGGGUGACUGCUGGUUGAUGGCGUCUAUUGCUGCCCUCACUCUGGACCAAGACAUUCUCGCUCGUGUGAUUCAUCCUGAGCAGAACUUUACAGAAAAUUAUGCUGGCAUCUUUCACUUUCGGCUGUGGCAGUACGGCGAGUGGGUGGACGUCGUUGUCGACGACAAGCUUCCCACCAAAAACGGAGAGCUGCUGUUUGUGAAAUCAACAGAACAAACUGAAUUCUGGAGUGCGCUCCUGGAGAAGGCUUAUGCUAAGGUAAACGGUUGCUAUGAGAAUCUCUCCGGAGGUUUUGCCAGUGAAGCCCAUGAGGAUUUCACAGGAGGAAUUGCCGAGUGGUACAGUCUGAGCAAAGCCCCACCGAACCUGUUUAACAUCAUAGAGAAAGCUCUGCGUCGGGGUUCUCUGCUCAGUACCUCCAUUGCUGUAUGUACUAUAGCAGAAAUUGAACACAGGUCCACAGAGAAACUGGUGAAAAGGCAUGCCUACUCCAUCACGGCAGCACAGAAGGUGAGGAAGAGUGAUACUAAAGUCGUGGAAUUGGUUCGUCUCAGAAAUCCCUGGGGCCACAUAGAGUGGAACGGUGCCUGGAGCGAUCGGUCCAAAGAGUGGGACCAAGUCUCACCAGAGGAUAAGGCCAAGCUUAAUUACUCAGCUGAGGAUGGAGAGUUCUGGAUGGCAUAUGCAGACUACAUUCAGCGUUAUUCGAGGCUAGAGAUUUGUAACUUGACUCCAGACUCUCCAAGCAAUGACAGUGUGAGAUGCUGGAACUCUUGCCAAUUCGAGGGCUCCUGGAAAAAAGGGAUCUCUGCUGGUGGCUGCCUGAACUUCCCAGCUACAUUCAGCACUAACCCGCAGUUUCGGGUGGAACUGGACAUCGACAGUAACGGCGAUAACAAAUGUUCAGUACUUGUGGCACUGAUGCAGAUUGGUGCACGACAAGCCAAACAAAAAGGAGGCAAAAACUACAGCAUUGCCUUCUACAUCUACAAGGUCCCAGAUAAGCAUCUCUCCCUUGGACCUGAUGAUCUGCAGAGACCAGCAGCUCAAAGCGAAUUCAUGCCAAAGCGGGAGGUGUGUCAACGCUUUGACCUUCCGCUUGGUGAAUACGUCAUCAUUCCUGCCACCUAUGGGGCAAAUCAAGAGGCCGACUUCCUGUUGCGGGUGUUUUCUGAGAAGUAGGCUGCCUGCUAUUUUUAAACAUGUGCAAAUGAAUGAACAAAUGCACAGCAACUAAUCAAUAAACAUAUUCAAAUUAACGCAAAUCAACCAAUCAGGAUAUGCUAAUUAACUGCUACAUAUUUCAUUUAUUUUUUAAAAAUCUUUCUUUGAUUUAUUUCUUACUCUUCUGAUAACUGGGAAUCAUCAUUUUAUCACACUUUUCUCUCAGCAUUGUUGAUAAAGCAGCUGCUUAUGUAAAAUUACAUCACUAUUUUUGUGUACAAAAGUGUUGUAAUGUCCCAGUCAAGUAAUGGCACUAGAUUGCUUCUUUUCUAAUAAUUAAUCGAAUAUAGCCUUUGGUACUCCGUCCAGGGUGUAUCCUGCCUUGAUGCCUGAUGAUGUCCGAGAUAGGCAAAGGCUCCCCGUGACCCGAGAAAAGAUCGGAUAAGUGGUACAGACAAUGAAAUGAAAAAUAGCCUUUGGUGUGGACUCUCAU